UUGGAGUUAGUCAAAGACUUCCGAACGGAGUCCGCUCCAUUCCGAGUCCCUUUGCCCCCGUCGCGGUCCAAUCAGCUGGGCCCGAUAGGGAGUGGAUGGGCUAUCAUCCUCUCUGCCUCCGUCACGCGUGACCCGAUCUCGAGGCUGCCAGUGUGACUCCUUCAUCCUCCUCCAUUCUCUCUCUCUCUCCCCCCUUCCCUUUCAUUCAUUCAUCCAUUCAUUCUCUCUGCUCUCCCAUCCCUCUCCCCUCCCGUCUCUCAUCGUGCCAUCCAGUAGUCACCCUCCUGCUGGCUCAUCCGUCUCAAACAACUAUAUCCUCUCCGUCCCGCCCUUUGUCUCCUUAUCGCCGUGUCUUAUCCGGGGUCCCCUUCCCACCGCUACGAGAGUCUCUAUACUCCAUUCGAGAAAGAUUCAAGCUUCACUACAUCACAGUCACAUAGUGUCCGGCACAGCCAACGAGAAUGCCUCCCCCGAUUUUACACCAUAUCCAGGCGGUGCUCCCGCAACACUGCGAACCGACAACACCCUUCCUCGCGGCCGUAUCCUCAUACCUCCACAUCUGUCUCCCCACACCGUUAGCGUUGAUCUCCUCCGUGCUGGGCACUCUCAGUAUCGUGUCGUGGCUAUUCGCUCAGCUUCCACAAAUCUACAAGAAUUUCCAAAUACAGUCGACAGCCGGCUUGUCACUGUUCUUCCUCGUGGAGUGGUGUUUGGGUGAUACCAGCAACCUUAUCGGUGCCCUGCUGACCCGGCAAGCCGGCUGGCAGGUCAUCGUGGCUGGCUAUUAUGUGUGUGUCGACGUGACUCUUGUCUUCCAGUACUUCUGGUACACACACUACAAGAGGCGGUACGACGGCUACGGCGCCCUCUCUCAUACCGACUACGACCAUGCACCGGGAAGUGUCUUGGAAGGGGUCUCCUUCUCCGAGAAUGACUCGUUCGGCCAGGCCCCACGCUCUACAGAGUUUCCCACUCCGUCGAAUCCCAAGGAUAUGAAGGAUAUCAAGGAGCCUGCGGUGACGACCUCAAACGGUCAAUCACCAUCCUACUCCAAUGAGAAACUGAGCUCCUCCAAGCGCUCAAUUACCCGAUCCGGCAGUGGCCCUAGUCUCCCAAUGGGUUCCCCACGCACGCUGUUGCUGGCAUCUAUGCUCUGCGCUGUCGUGGCCAAUGCCGCCCCGACAGAGCAGCAAGCAGCCUCAGACUCCUCACAACAGACCCUCGAAAUCCUCGGCCGGAUCAUCUCCUGGAUGUCGACAUUCCUCUACCUUGGCUCCCGGCCCCCCCAACUCUACAAGAACUACUGCCGGAAGAGCACCUCCGGCCUCUCCCCCUUGCUCUUCAUGGCUGCCUUUUGCGGAAACCUCUUCUACUCCGCCUCCCUUCUGACCAACCCCAACGCCUGGUACGACUUCCCUCCCUAUGGAGGCGGCGGCUGGGCCGAUGCAGGCGGCAACAACCGCAUCGAAUGGGUGACCCUAGCCACUCCUUUCUUCCUGGGAGCCUUCGGUGUGCUAGCCUUUGACGGUAUGAUGGGCGUGCAGUUUCUCAUGUACGGGUCGCGCGACGACGAGUCCAUCAUGCAGGUCGAAGACCCCAAAGACGGACGUGGUCGUUGGACUCGCGUCCGGGGCUGGAUGAGGGGCUGGAUCCCUUCUGUGUCCCCCGAGCGAGGAUUCCCCUCCGACGCCACUGUCCCUCCCCAGGAGAACCAAUCUCUCCUGCAGAACGAGCGUGAGAGAUAUGGUACAGUUUGAUUUUGUCUCAUGCUGUCUUACUAUACCCCUUUUCGCUAUUUUUGUUUUCUGCAUAUCGGUACUGCAUCCCAAGGCAGGUAUCUGCAUACAACAGGCGAACAUGAUCAUUCACGACGUUAUGGCUAUCCAACCUAUCUCCUUAUCACAGGAAUAGACUUUAUUGCUUUUGGCUCUCGAUAUUUCCCUGCUUUCUGCAUUAUCACUUUAUUUCUUGGAGUUCUCCUCAUCCGAGGAAGGGUGGGUGACUAGGUACCUAGAAUGUCUUCAUACCGAAGACUCGGGGCAUACAUAGCAUUGCUUUCAGA